UGAAAAUUAGGAUACCACUGAUGUUUGAAUGGCUAUGCUGGUUAAUCGUAUUGCAACAGGCAUAUGCUGCAGAUGAAGCCUGCGAUGUAUGGACUGACUGGAUGGACGACGAAAAUGGCGGUCUGGUUGACUUUGAAGCAGUUGGCGAAUUCGAAUUGAUAGAAGACCUUCGUCUAAAUUAUCAAAUUUGUGACUCGCCUUCUGAGAUAGAGUGUCGUACUGCAGUGGAGCCGUACACUCCGUGGGACCAGACAUCACAAACUCUACAAUGUCAUUUAUCAUUUGGUUUGAUAUGUUUCCAUGACGAUAACUAUAAUUUAUGUCAGAACUACGAGGUACGCGUGUUCUGUCCGUGUGAUAUUCAGAAAGGAGGAUAUAAUGACUCUGCUGCAGACGAAUUUUGUGUUGAAGACGACUUAUUUAAAGUAUUCCUGAGUCCUUUUUUGUCAUGGAAAUCUGCCGAUGACUACUGUAGAGAUCUUUACAGCGUUGAUGGGUUCGAGGCGUCAUUGGCGAUCGUGGAGAAAAAAGUCUUUCGUAACACACUGCGAACCUUCUUGAUGAAAACGGAGCCGUUCAAUAAUCCACCGAGACAUGGUUAUUGGAUUGGUUGCCAUGAUCGGGAAAUUGAAGGAACUUUCAUGUGGACGAAUGGGGAAGAUUUUUCACUAUCGAGUGAGAUGUGGCAAUCAAAAAAUCCGAACAACAGGAUCAUUAAAAACUGCGAUGACGUAGGACAUGACCAAGAUUGCUGUCAGCUCUGGGAGUCGCCGCGUACCAAUCCACAAUUUAAACUGGAUGAUGAAUGUUGCACUAAAAGAAAACCAUUCAUUUGUCAUAUCCGAGGACGCUGUGCUAUGUGACUGAACUGACUGGGACUAAUAUUCAUGGCAUGCACUCCGUGACUACGAAUAUUGCUUGCUGUUACGUUAUUGUUUCCAACCUAUCGAUACUAUACUGCCUGAGACAAGUACAAUGCAUAUAAUAUCCGCAUUUACAUUGUAGUAUAUGUAGCAUAUCAGCCAGUCAUUCAUUAGUUCAUUUAGUUUGUCAUUGAACUAGAUUCAAACAAUUCAACUAUCAAAACGGUGUUUCUACUCACCGAAAUCACAAAUAUUAUGUACCUUGAUACUUGAUGACAAUGUGACCUGAAUAAAUUACGAUCGUAGUUUAUUUGUUUUUCAUU